AUACUAAUGCCCGUCGUUGGUCUGUUGCGAAUCUGCUGAAGAAUCCAGAUUGAGGGCUGGUUCACGAACUUCGCCGUCAGAGAUCUCAUUGUUCAGUCGUUGUUGAGGUCUCCACAUCCACCAUGAUCACAUGGUUCCAGCUCGUGGUGGAGAUAUGCUUGGGUUUUUGGGAGCACAUGGUCCAAUUGGUCUAUCCACCUCUAGCUAAAUCUCUCGUGGGCGAGGUGGUGCUCAUCACAGGGGCGGGACACGGGAUUGGACGCGAAUUGGCUUUACAAUGUGCUCGAUUAGGGGCUAAGGUAGUUUGUUGGGACAUCAAUGCUCAAACGGCCCAAGAAACCGCUCAACGGGUAAAUGAGGAGUGGGCGGUUAAUGCCACUCAUGUGGAUACGCCUAUUCGGGCGUGGAGCUUUCAGUGCGACGUUUCUAAACGAGAGGAAGUGAACAAAGUGGCCGACGAAACCAGACUGAAGGUCGGCGAAAUUACCGUGUUGAUCAACAAUGCCGGCAUCAUGCCCGCCAAGCCCAUGCUCAAAUUUGAACCCCACGAGAUUGAACGUCUCUUUGAUGUGAACGUAUUUUCACAAUAUUGGACCAUCAUGCAAUUCAUGCCUGGAAUGAUCAAAAGGGACCAUGGACACGUGGUUUCAAUGUGUUCCGUGGCCGGAAUCACUGGCACACCCUACCUGGUACCUUAUUGCUCCAGCAAGUUCGCCAUUAAGGGCCUCAUGGAUGGCCUGUUUUUGGAAAUGCGCCAAGAUAUGAAGGAAAGCAGAGUGCGGCUAACCACGGUCCACCCAUUUACUAUAAAUACGGGAUUGGCCGUUGAUCCGAUGACGCGGUUCCCAAAGCUCAUUCCGAUUCACGAAGCCUCGGAAUGUGCCCAACAAGUGAUAGAUGGAUUUCGACGAAAUUACGAGGAGGUCUUUGUGCCCAAAAUAUUGGGACCCGUUUUUCGAUUGGGCAAAUGUUUACCCCGACGGGUUCAAACGGCCUUGGCCGAUUUCUUGAAUUGUGGAGUCGGAUAUAACAAAUAGUAUUCCAGUGUAUUUAUUACGUUUCUAUAUAUUUUUUUAAAAACAAGAUUGGACCAUUGAAAUAGAGCUUUAAUCAA